AUGCAUGCCCGAGUACCCUCCUCGCUGGGUGUUGUCCCCUCGACGCGGAGCGCGUUCUCGCCGACUCCGAGCGUGCCGAGCAGCAGCGACCUCAACAGCGAGAUGGAUCCGCCUUCGUCGUCGCCGACCAAACCGGAUCGACCGACUCCCACCGCAGCUGGGCGACGGUCCCUAUUAUUCAAGAGUUCCAACUCGAGCUCUUCAUCUUCUUCGCCUUCGAUGGGUCUGUUUGAAGCGCUCGUCGACUCUUCGCUGUCGUCGUCGGCGGGGUCAGCCUCAUCGGCGAGCCGGUCACGUCGGCGUAGUCGGUCCAAGGAGAACGGUGAGACCGACUACUUCACCUCGCGACCCGUUGAAUCGUCACUACUGUCGAGCUCGACCCCCGACUCUCCUUCGAGUUCGAGUUCGUGCAAGCGACGUCGCGUGAUGUUUGCGUCGAAACCUUUGCCCAGUCUCGACGCGUCGCCGACUCGGAGCAGCAAAGCAGCGCGUGCGAACGCGACCAUCCCAGCCUCAGCCUCCGCCUCCGCCUCCGCCUCAGCCUCAGCCUCAGCCUCGCUCUCCUUUGCCGCCGCCAUCCGCGCACCCGGAUUAUACCACACCGCAUCUGCAUCUUCGUCAUCGUAUUCCUCAUCGGACUCGAAGAAGCAGCAACGAUGUCGGCGCCGCAUCUACUCGGACCGGUCCCCGCCCUCGAUCCUCGCAGCGGCUCAUCACGAUGACGAAGUACCGGAUACGGACGCGCCCUCGCCGUCGCUGAGGUUCCUGCAGCACCACCACCACCACCCUCAGCGCCACCAGCACCAGCAUCUCACCGGACCCAAGUCAGGGAAUGGCUUGGGAUCGUCACCUUUGAACGCACCUUCGUUCCUCCUACCGUCACCUCCGCCUUCGCAGCCGCGAGUCGCCGCACCUGGACUCGGUUCGACGAGCACCACCGCGGCCGAUCAAGACGAAGAGGACGAUGAGGAAGACAACGACGAGGACGAAGAAGAGGCGAUUGAACAACUCUUGCUCACCAACUCGCCGGCGAAACUGGCUUUCGCUGCAGCAUCACCCUGCCCCUCCUUCCUCGGUUUGCCGACACCACCACCUUCGUCCGACUCGGAUCAGCAACCCCCGUCGUCCUCGCGCACGCACGACGGGUCCCACAUCAAAGGCAUCCUCAAGCCGUUCGAUCAAGGUACGGCUGGUGUGGGCGAGUCCACCAGGUGCGCCGAAGAGGGUAAGCGGAAGAACGGCCGACGACACCAUCCGCUGCGCUUCGACCUCGACGCGGUCAAGAACGACGAGGCUUUGCUCACACCUCUUGUGCUUUGGUCGACCUGCUCGGGCACGGUGGGAGGGGAACGUCACGGGGGGUCGACGGGGACGAGGGAACAACAGGGUUCAGAUUCUGCGUCGAACAAGGGCAAAGGACCCGCCACUUCGACUUCGAGACGAGCUGGCCACACUUCGGCGAAGACUAGUGGUCAGGACGAUGGCGACGAUGAGGACGAGCAAAAGCGACGACCGGCGGGAGCUACCACGGGCCAAGACUCAGCGGCCAAGCCUGCCGCCAAGGAGCUGGACCCGGAAGACCCCUGUUGGUUACUUGGACCUCUACAAGCUCUGCGCGGGUCUCUGCGAGAGAUCGCACAUCCGUUCAUUCGCCCCGUCGUGCCAGAGCCCGACGACGAGCCCCUCGAAGCCGAUCAUCCGUCGCCCUGGACUAUCCCGCUCGAACUCUACAACGUCGAAGACGCCUACGUUCGAUUGACUUGGGCCCUCACCCGCCUGCACCCCGAGACCAUCGUCGAUGGCGCCAAGACCCUCUCACCUUUAGUCGAUUUCAGGGUCACGCUCAAAACGUGCCUCGUCCGCGACCUAGCCAACAUCCCCUCGUUCCCUGCCUGGGUCGAAGAGACUCGACGACAGGCCAAGUUGGACGAAGAGCUUCGAUCGCGACAAGCUGGCCACCACGAUGAUGCGAUGCGCGUUGAUAGCAGCGACGGUAUCGUCUCCAGUUCGCCGACGCGCAAGGCCCCUCCUCCGAAGCCGACGACGGGCCCGAAAAAGUCGAGCUAUUCUGAGCAAGAGAUGACUCGAUUGCGCGACGAGGUUGGGGUCGCUCAGGCCGCGAUCAAGUGCUUUAGCUCGAUCGUUCGUUCAGAGGUAUUUAGCUCGUUGCUCAAACGUGAGUGGGCCCGUUUGCCUGAUUGCGAGGCGUUCUGAGGCUUGAGUCUGACCGCAAGCUCGCUUCAAUCACUACGCAGCGGCCGACAUCGAUGCGAUCCUCACAACGAUGCUCUCCAUCCCUUAUCAACACGGCCUUGCACCUCUCGUCUGCAAGGACGUCUUCCCCUUCAUCUCUUUCUUUCUGCGCAUGCAGCGGUUGCCCUCGGCGACGAUCGACCGACACUUCCCUUCGAUCAUUCAAACGCUUUCGAUGACCCUCAACCAAAAUGACAAGAACCGCGUCAAUCUCGGCGAAUCGCUUUCGACCUUGUCGACUCUCUUCGAGACUCACCCGCGAGCGCUCCUCGAAUCCGCCGAUGACUGGUUCAUCUUGGCAGCCCGAGGAUUGUGGGAUACGGCCAAACGAGGUGCGACGGUCAGGAAUCGCGCCUUGACGGUCUUGACCAAGCUUGCUCGCGAAUUCGUUAAGCAUGAUCAGGAUGAAGAUGCGGCUUGGGCUGAGCACAAGAGUGCGCUGCGACGACGGGUUGCCGUUCAGAUGUUGGUUAGUCAGCGAUCUUCUUUGACGUGGAAUGGUUCUGGUGCAUGUACUAACGAUUCAUUCUAUCGACUUUGCAGUCUCUGAUGACGGAAAUUCGAACGCACGGCCACGCCCGGGUCACUGGUCUCGCUGUCCUGAUUGGCCAGAUCAACGCCUCCUUGCCGGCAGCUCCGGCCGCUCAAGGCCCUCAAGCGAGGAUUGACGAGACGCCCUACCUAUGGCUCAUCCACUUCCUCGGUGUCCUCCCCAUCUUGAUGGGCCCUUCGUUCCACAAGAUUGAACAAAAAGGUAUCCGACCUUACUGCGACCUCUUCCGUCACCUCGAAGUUGCCCCCGCCCCGGCCUAUCUGCGACCCCUGUCCGCAUUGGCAUGGUCCCACGUUGCCCACGCUUUCGCCAUCGUUCCUGGGACCAACGACCCGGACGACCUGUGGGUGAUGAGACCGGAUGGGAAACCUAUCAAUGUGCUCUUGAGCAUGCUCAACCAUCGCAAUCAGCUGUCUUGGACCUUCCCUACUUCUCCGCCUCCAGCUCCCGGCCCAAACCUCGCGCCCGCUUCCGCCACUUCCGAUACCGCGGCUGUGGGAGAAGACGCGCAAACGACAUCGACCGUUGCCGGUGCCACUCCUGCUGUCCCAGGUCCCGCAAGCCCUUCUCGACGCACGUCCCACAAACUGCACACCGAGGCUUUGGCUCGACUGGUUACCUCGCUGAUCGGUGGUCUGGGCGAGGCCGUACUCGGCAGCUGUGGCGGAUCAACAAGCGCACGCGCCCAAUGCCAGUUCAACCAGCUCUUUGAGAUGGUCGCACCUAAGCACCUCGUCUCGGUCAUGACCUCGUCUUUCGAAGAGGUACAACGCGUAGGUUGGGACACGUUGGCCGCGAUCGUUCGUCCCUCUACAAAGGGGGAAGAGACGGUGUCCAAGGUGGUCCAAGAGCAGUGCUUGGAUCAGUCGAUGGUAUUGGACGUAUUUAUGAACUCGAGCAUUCUCGAGCUUGGCAAGGACCCUAGACGCACGUUCGAAUUGACGCGGCGGGCUAUCGAUUCGACAAGCGAUCCGAGCAAGAUCAAAGGUUGGGGCUCGAUGUGGACGACGGAUAGGAUCGACUUCAUCCUUGAGAUCGUUCUCAGUGGAGCGCAGAUGUGGGACGCGGCUCAGCUCCGACUUGAUCCCGCUCGUGGAUUCGAACUCGCCGUUUUUGAGGUGAGUCGUCUUCGCUCGGUCACCCACAGAAGGAUUGGGACUGAUCUGAAAGUUGUUCGUUCCUGCAGAUGGGAAUACUUGCCGUGUGGCUCAAUAUCCUGGCCUGCUUUGAAGAGCGCCCCGGCUCAGAUGAUGCGCUCUUGAAGGUCGUCAACUGGCUUCACAUGCUCUUGGCAAGCGAACAUGUACCCACUCAAGGGAUGUCGGCCACGAGACUGGCCCUUCGGCUCUUGCCUUCCUUCGUCCACUCCAUGAGCGAUAAACUGCUCACCCUUCCGGUAACGGAGGAUAGCCAGAAUGCUCUAGGGCACCUCAUUGCCACCCUUGUCGCCUCGAGGCCGCUUUCCGCUCGCGUGGACGCCGAGGCCUUCGAUUUGGCUCUUCGGGCAGUCCUCAAGGUCUCGCUUGGCGAAGCACCGGCCGAUCUGAAUUUGAUUCUCGACUAUGCUCUCGACGAGGAAGUGAGUCAAAAGUGUCGCGUCUGUCCCGAAGCCCGGACUAUGGAAUGCUGACCAUUCGUCCCUACUCAGUUCCUCUCCCUCUGCUCGUUCGCUCUCACCGAGGUCGCGCCGAUGUUGAGUUCAACGGUCGCUGGCUUGGUCAGGUUCACCCCCCUCCUGCUCCAGGUUCAACGCGUGCUCGACAUCAUGGAAAACGACUCGCAGCACCAGUUCGCGGAGCAAAGUGUGCGUAUUAUUGUCGCCGCCCGCAAUCUGUGGAACUCCAUGUUCGCAACGCUCGAGCUCUCUCCCGAGAUUGAGACGAUCGUCGCGCUUUUGAUGCACUUUGAGGACAUCGCGACUCAGGCGACCGCGUCGGCUUCACAAGUCGUCGAGAAAAUGAUUGAGAAUGACGGUGUCAAGGCUUCUGCGGCGAAUGCUAUGGAAGUUGAUGCUGUGGGAAGUAGCGAGGCCGACGCCAUCGUCACUUCAGCACCGACCGUUCCCGCACCUGCUCAACCUCUUCGGACACUUGAGAGCGAGCCUCCUACGACCAGUGCCACUGCCUCGCGCCCUAUCGCCGCCUUGCCGACCUCAGCUUACCAAGGCGAUGCUUCUGCGCCGAUUCCGGAGGAUGGAAGUCUUGAUUCGUCGCUCGAAGAAGAGUCGCCGGCUCUCGAUCGACCUCUUGCUCCAAUUUCGUCUUCGCUCGGCCUCGAACGAGUUGGCGAGGGCAUCCCCGCCUCGCUGCGACAGCCUUCACCGGAGAGCUCUGUCAGUAUGCUUGAGGAGACGCCGCUUGAGCUCGAGCAGAAGCGAAUUCAGAGUUCGAUCCUGGGCGCUUCAGCCGUCAUAGCGCAAGCAGACGUCGUAGCCGAGGAGGAGUCGAUGGAGGCCCAGAUCAAGGCCAAGGAAGAGGUCAUUCCGUCGUCCGCCAACGAUGCGUCUCUCGAAGAGCCAGCUCGCCAGGUGUCGAUGCCCGCUUUUGUUCCCCCCUUCGGACCCAUCGCGCGCCCCCGUGCUUCAGACUCGAUCAUCAUCGAGGACAGCGACUCUUCGGACGACGGGAUGCUCAUCACUGCGCUCGUUUCGAAGCGAUCAUCGCAAGUUUCCUCGAACGCGGGAUCAAAGAAACGAGGUGGUCGACCUGCUUCCGUCGCGGGUAAGGUCCCUCGAUCGACUCCGAUCGUUCCUUCCAUCUCUUCGGAACCGGUUGGAUCAGAAGACGUCGAGCCGAGUCCUGCUCGCUCGCUCAAGCGUCGUCGCUCGUCGUCGACGUUCUCUCUCGAAAUUGAAUCGUACCAGCCUCCUCGCCGCAGGUUGGCAAAGUCGGCUCGUUCAAAAGGCAAACAACGAGAGAUAUCGAACAUCGAUGGCGAGGUGAUUUCGUCUUCACCGAUCGCUUCGUCGUCCAACUCUCCCGUCGCGCGAGACGGAGCCGAAACUUCUUCAGCUGUAGGCUCGCCUACCUCUUCGCCUUCAAGCAGCUUAAAGGAUGCGCUUCGAAGUAUAUUGGCCGGACCGGUCGACCAGAUCGUCCGUACAGCUUGGGACGUCGGAGGGGUGACGGGUUUGAACACGUUGAUCGAGAUGGGGGAGCAGGCUCGAGCUUAUUUGGAGAGGAAGAAGCGACGCCGUGGGACGGCGAGUCCGGGUCGUGGGUGA